UCAACCAUAGAAGCAAAAUUAGUAAAUGCAUCCGCCAAUCAUAAAUUCCGCAUUUAGAACAAAUUCAAACAAUUGCUAACGCCGGAAUCGCUUCCGGAUUGGCCGCCAACGUUUACGUGUAUGUUGCGCUUUACGCGACUAUGCGGGAAUAUGACCGCAUUGCGCACAAUUUUGCACAUGGUGCUGGACCAAUAGCAUCAAACCACGAAGAGGAUUUGUUGUGUUCAUGUGUCAAAAGUUAUCUUUCAAUGGAUAUCGGCUCGUAAUGUGUGUGUGACAUAUUCCAGAGACAAACAUAAUACCGUGUGUUGAAGAUGGUGCAGGUACUCAACAGCUACGACUUGUUCCCAAAGUCUGCCAUGCUUAUGCCGUAUUUGGUGUUGUUGCUCGUUGAGUUGUUCGUCGACCUAUCAGACUGUGCAACUCAGGCUGAAAUCGACAGGCAUUUAGAGCUGGGCACUCAGUAUUUGAUGAAAGGCCAGUUGUCUGACGCCCUUAGUCACUACCAUUCAGCUGUUGAAGGAGACCCAAACAACUAUUUAACAUAUUUUAAAAGGGGAACAGUUUAUUUGGCUUUGGGCAAAGCUAAAAAUGCUCUAAGCGACUUAGAUCAGGCUUUGGAACUCAAACCGGACUUUACAGCUGCCAGAAUCAACAGGGGUAAUAUCUACCUGAAGCAGGCCAAAUUUGAUUUAGCCCAACUAGAUUUUUACAAUGUGAUAAAAGUGGAUCCAUACAAUGAAGAGGCCAACUUCAACAUCCAGCGCAUCGACCCGACCAAAGCGGCGCUCAAAGAAGCCGAAUACUUCUACGGCCACAACGACUACAACUCGGCCAUCGUCAAGUUAAGCGAGGUGAUAGAAGUCUGCCCUUGGUCGCCAGAACUGUACGAGUUCCGGUCCGAAUUGCACAUGGACAACGGCUACGAAAUGGGGGCGAUUUCUGACCUGAGGUCGGCCACCAAGCUGCAACAGGACAAUACCGAAGGCUAUUUUAAGCUGAGUCAGCUGUUGUACAAGUUGGGGCACGCGACGGACGCUCUGAAAAGUAUCAGGGAAUGUUUGAAGCUGGAUCCGGAGCACAAGAGCUGUUUCCCGUUCUACAAAAAGAUUAAGAAGGUGGAGAAGUUCUUGGUGGAGGCUGAAAGCGGGUUGGAGAACAAACAGUACGAGGAAUGCGUGCAGAACGCCAACAAGGUGCUGAAAAACGAAGAAGAGGUACAAAAUAUUAGGAAUGAGGCCAACAGACUGUUGUGCAGCUGUUACUCCAAUGAUGAAAAGUCGGAAGAAGCCAUCAAGUCUUGUACCGAAGCUCUGCAUCAUAGCGACGAUCCCAAUCUAUACUGUGAUAGGGCUGACGCCUAUUUAGUGGCGGAGAUGUACGAUGAUGCUAUUAGGGAUUACAAGUCCGCCUUGGAGGUGGAUUCCUCAUUCCAAAGAGCAAAGGAGGGGCUCAAUAGGGCUGAGAAAGUGAGGAAGCAGGCUGAAAGUAGAGAUUAUUACAAGAUUUUGGGUGUUAAGAGGAACGCCAACAAAAAGGAAAUAGUUAAGGCGUACAGGAAGAUGGCACAGAAGUGGCAUCCUGAUAACUACGCAAACGAUGAGAAAAUGAAGCCCAUCGCGGAGAAGAAAUUCAUCGAUAUCGCAGCAGCUAAAGAGGUGUUGACCGACGAAGAGAAGAGGAGACAGUUUGAUGCUGGUGAAGAUCCUCUGGACCCAGAGUCAGGCAGGGGAGGAAUGCCCAAUUUCCAACACUUCCACGGUUUCCACGGUAGUCCGUUCCAGUUUAGGUUCCACUUUAACUAAUUAUAUAAGGACUAAAAAUAACUGCUAUGGACAAUUAUUAAAAUGAAAAGUGAGAAGCAAUGUUGUAAGUGAUUGUGCAAGUGCAACUCAGGACAUGUUAUUAUUUAUUGUACAAUGGCGGUGCCAACGAAGUCCUUUUGAGUACAAAUGGUUUAAGGGCAUUAUGGCUGUUUCAUGACUACUAAUUAAAUUAGGGGUUUUGAGGAGACUCUUGUUGAACCGCCCUUGUCUUUCCAUGUUGCCACAUGUAUUAUACUAUUUAUUAAAUAGUGUAAAUGGACUGAAUUAUCAUCUGUAAAAUGCAAAGCAUUUACAUAUAAAUUAUUGUACAUAUUUUUAAUAUAUAAUAUGAAUUAAUAAAAGAUUUAUAAUACA